UCUCCUACCCCCUUCCCUCUUUCUCUUAGAGAAGUCUCUCGCAACUCUCAACCGCCACCAAACUCCCAACAACACCAGUUUCCAACAAAGAGAGAUCUUCUCCAAAUCUCCUCCGUUUCUGCAUUUACACUUCCUUAGGCUUGAUUUGCAACACUAAUGGAACCGUCAUCUUCUUCUGGUUCAAUCAAAGUUUCGCCGCUCGAUCUCAUGUCAGCUAUAAUCAAGGGCAAAAUGGACCCUUCCAACGCUUCCUCCGACUCAGCUGCUGAAGUGGCCACAAUCCUUCUUGAGAACAGAGAGUUCGUUAUGAUUUUAACUACCUCCAUCGCCGUUCUCAUCGGCUGCGUCGUCGUUUUGGUCUGGCGUAGAUCCGGUUCUCAAAAACCAAAGCAAAUCGAGCCUCCUAAGCCUUUGAUCGUUAAAGAACCCGAACUCGAAGUCGAUGAUGGCAAGAAAAAAGUCACCAUCUUCUUCGGUACUCAAACCGGCACCGCCGAAGGCUUCGCCAAGGCUCUAGCUGAGGAGGCAAAAGCACGCUAUGAUAAGUCGACGUUUAAAGUUGUAGAUUUGGAUGAUUAUGCGGCUGAUGAUGAUGAAUACGAGGAAAAGAUGAAGAAAGAGAGUUUGGCUUUCUUCUUCUUGGCCACAUAUGGAGAUGGUGAGCCGACUGAUAAUGCAGCUAGGUUCUAUAAAUGGUUCACUGAGGGAAAAGAGAGGGGAGAACGGCUUCAGAACAUGAAGUACGGGGUGUUUGGCCUUGGUAACAGGCAGUAUGAACAUUUUAACAAGGUUGCAAAGGUGGUUGAUGACCUCCUUACUGAGCUGGGAGCAAAGCGCCUAGUUCCAGUGGGUCUUGGAGAUGAUGACCAAUGCAUUGAAGAUGACUUUACUGCAUGGCGUGAAUUAGUCUGGCCUGAGUUAGAUCAGCUUCUGAGGGAUGAAGAUGAUGCAAGAACUGUUUCUACCCCUUACACUGCUGCUGUGUCAGAAUACCGUGUUGUAUUUUAUGAUCCUGCUGAUGCACCUGUUGAGGAUGAGAACCGGAGCAAUGCAAAUGGUCAUACUAUUUACGAUGCUCAACAUCCAUGCAGGUCUAAUGUUGCUGUGAGGAAGGAGCUUCAUACUCCUGCAUCUGAUCGUUCUUGCACCCAUCUUGAAUUUGACAUUGCUGGCACUGGACUUUCGUAUGAAACAGGGGAUCAUGUUGGUGUUUACUGUGAGAAUUUAGAUGAAGUUGUAGAUGAAGCAUUGACGUUAUUGGGUUUAUCACCAGACACCUAUUUCUCUGUUCAUACUGAUAAAGAGGAUGGGACGCCACUUGGUGGAAGCUCUUUGCCUCCUCCUUUCCCACCUUGCACUCUAAGAUCAGCAUUGGCACAAUAUGCUGAUCUUUUGAGCUCGCCCAAAAAGUCUGCCUUACUUGCUUUGGCUGCUCAUGCUUCUGAUCCAACUGAAGCCGAUCGAUUAAGACACCUUGCAUCACCUGCUGGAAAGGAUGAAUAUGCACAAUGGAUGGUUGCAAGUCAGAGAAGCCUCCUUGAGGUCAUGGCUGAAUUUCCUUCAGCCAAGCCUCCACUUGGUGUCUUCUUUGCAGCUGUUGCUCCACGGUUGCAGCCUAGAUACUAUUCAAUCUCAUCCUCACCAAGGAUGGCACCGUCGAGAAUUCAUGUAACUUGUGCAUUGGUUUAUGAGAAAACACUAACAGGUCGUAUUCACAAAGGAAUUUGUUCAACAUGGAUGAAGAAUUCUGUGCCCGUGGAGAAAAGCCAUGAGUGCAGCUGGGCACCUAUAUUUGUCAGGCAAUCAAACUUUAAACUUCCUUUAGACACUAAAGUGCCCAUUAUUAUGAUUGGCCCUGGUACUGGAUUGGCUCCUUUCAGGGGAUUCCUUCAGGAAAGACUUGCACUGAAAGAAGCUGGAGCUGAACUGGGUCCAUCUGUAUUAUUCUUCGGCUGUAGGAACCGGAAAAUGGAUUACAUUUAUGAAGAUGAGCUCAACAACUUUGUCAACAGUGGUGCACUUUCUGAGAUUGUGGUUGCCUUUUCACGUGAGGGACCUACCAAGGAAUACGUGCAACAUAAAAUGACGCAGAAGGCCUGGGACAUCUGGAACAUGAUUUCUCAGGGAGGUUACCUAUAUGUGUGUGGUGAUGCCAAGGGCAUGGCUAAAGAUGUCCAUCGAACUCUACACACUAUUUUGCAAGAGCAGGGAUGUCUAGACAGCUCAAAGGCUGAGAGCAUGGUGAAAAAUCUGCAAAUGACUGGCAGGUAUCUACGUGAUGUGUGGUGAUGAUUACAAUGAAAUACAAACAAAAAUAUAUAUAUAUAUAUAUAUAUAUAUAUAGGGAAGGGCAUAUUGUUUGGAUGCAAGAAGCUGGAGAGAAGGGUGGUUGUAAUACCACCUUCAUCUCUGCCCUUGAAAGGGGGAAUUAAAUUUGUUGUCAUGAAUAGUAAUGGGGUCUGUGAUUCUUUUUGUCUACCAAAUAUGAAGGAUUUUUUGGUUCAUGUAAUUUAUGUAUACAUAUAUAACUAUAAUUAUAUUAGGUAAGGGUUAUGGAGUCUUUAGUUUUCCAUGUAUGAACCGGGAAGCAGGUUCAAAUUACAAAGCAAUUGUUGUUGCUACUCCUACACGGUAACUGUACUGAAUCUGAAUGGAUAAUCGAAGUUUGGAAUCUCAAAGUGAUUGCUUCUGUUUCAGCAUUUAAUUCAA